AUGGACUCUGAGAUUGAGAGGCUGGCGCUUCAAGCACUCAACGAUCUGAGUCUCCAGCCAAAGGGGAGAAGAGUAAUCAUAGGUAUUGCAGGUGUUCCUGGGUCAGGGAAGACAACCCUCGCGGCCAACGUGGCAGCCAAAAUUAACAAUCUCUACUCCACCGCAAAAGAUGCCCAAAUUUCCGAUCACGACCUCGCAGUCGCGAUUCCGAUGGAUGGAUUUCAUUACUCUCGCGCACACCUAGCUGCAAUGCCGAAUGCUGAAGAAGCAAUUCACCGUCGUGGAGCUGCAUUCACAUUCGACGGAUAUGGAUUCCUGAAUCUCAUUGAGAGCCUCAGAGCACAAGCACACCAAACCAUGUACGCACCAUCAUUUGGCCACGAGAUCAAGGAUCCUGUUCCAAAUUCUAUCCCAAUACCGCCAGAAUCUCUCAUUGUUCUGAUCGAAGGCAAUUAUUGUGCUCUAGAUAGGGAGCCUUGGCGACAAGCCGCAUCGCUGAUGACUCGGCUUUGGUACGCUGAUACCCCAGCAGAAGUCACCCAUCCUCGACUGGCAAAGAGACACCUGGAAAGCGGCAUUGUGGGAGAUGAGAAGGAAGCCUGGGAGCGCGCCACUGGUACGGACGAAAGAAAUGCAAGAGAUAUCCGCGAGAAUCUUCUUCGUGUAGAUGAAGUUAUCAAGCCUUGGUGA